AUGCCAUCAUAUAAGCUUACUUAUUUUGAUAUUCGUGGCCGAGCUGAAGUCAGCCGUUAUAUUUUAGCAGUAGCAGGUAUUGAUUAUGUCGACGAACGUUUCACCGAAGAAGAAUGGCCCAAGAUUAAACCAACCGUAAAGAAUCCUUUUAAGCAGCUGCCCUGCUUAGAGAUUGAUGGUAAAGUCUUCAUUGAAAGCUUAGCUAUCGAGAAUUACUUAGCUGCAACCUUCGGUCUUCAUGGUAACAAUAACUACGAAAAAUAUCAGAUUGAUAUGGUGUCGUCCGCUGUUACGGAUCUGAUAGAAAAAUAUAUGAUAGCAGCGUUUGAAACAGAUGAAAAGAGAAGGGAAGUUAGCAGGAAUAACUAUUUAAAGUUUCUUCCGGUCUGGCUAAAGGCCACGGAGGCAAUUUUUCAAAGUAACAAAUUCGAGUACUUGGUUUGCGAUAGGUUAACUUUGGCAGAUCUCCAAUUUUUUUGUGGAGCUGAAUACUUAGUGGACGAUGAUGAGCAUGUCUUUGACAAUUUUCCUAGUUUGAAGGUUUUGUUCGAUCGUGUGGCUAAUGUCAAAGAAAUCGCGGAAUGGAGAAAUAAAAGACCAAAGAGAGACUAUUAA